GUUUUAAAAACGGGAGGUCUAGGAAAAAUUGCAAGGUGCUUUUCCCUGAAAAUUAAUAUUAUAUUUGUCAAAAGUAACGUAACCUGUACACGAAUAUCAUGGCAACCAGCAGAUCUCUAGAAUGUGCAGGCAUCUCAGAUUUAUUGGAAGACACCCUAGGAAAGCUACAUGGUAUAUGGGAAGAAAUUGGAAUUGGCAUUGCACAACAAGAGGAGAGACAAAAAGUAGUGCUCCAUCACUUAAGAGCACUGUUAGAAGAGAUGGUUAACGAGGAGGAAGAGAUGAGGCAAAGGCUGCUAAAAAGUGUUGAAUCAUGCAGUAAAGAAUUAGCAAGUCUAACUCAUGAAUUAGCUUUACCCUUAUAUGAGGCACCAGAACACUUGACCAUUUUACAGUUGGAGAAAGAACUACGAACACGGGUUGAUGUUCUAAAUAAGGAGAAACAUGAACGAUUGAAGAAAUUGUCAGAAUUGAAAAGUAGAGAACAACAUUUAUGCGAUAUUUUAUGCGCUACGCCGUAUUACGUACCGACUGGUAGCAUUCCAAGCAAUGAACAAAAUUCUGGGUACAAUAUUUUUACUAAGACGAAACAAGACAUCUUAGACAUUUUGGAAGACUUGGAACAAAGUCCCAAUACUUCAUUUGAACGUGACAUAGUUUGUGAGGAAGAAGACUCAUUUCUGCUAUCUGCUGAGAAUAUGGAUGCUUUAAAAUCACUCCAUACAGAGCUCCAAGACAAGAAGAAGGAGACGUAUUAUCUGAGAGACAGACUGAGAGACAGAAUACAGACGUUAUAUGAUCGGCUAUUGGUUGAUAAAUUGGAACAGAAUAAAUUUUUCACAGAAGCUGUAGGAUAUAAACCCAAAGUCAUUGAAGCUCUCCGAGCUGAAAUUGCUCGCUUAGAAGAGUUGAAGAGACAGAACAUACAUAAGGUUAUUGAAGGAAUUCGUCAGGAGUUGUUGAUAUGGUGGGAUAAGUGUUACUUUAGUCGCCAACAAAGACACGACUUCACAGCCGCUUAUGAGGGCUUUAAGAAAGCCAACGACCCAAACCGCUUUGCAAACAGAGGAGGUAAUUUACUACAGGAGGAGAAAACCAGAAAGAGACUACAGAAAGAGUUACCAAAAGUUGAAAAAGAACUAGGUGCCAGGAUAUCACAGUGGGAACAAGAGAAGUGUAAAAAUUUCUUGGUUCAUGGUUGCCCUUUCAUGGACUAUGUACAGGCACAGUGGGCAGCCCAUAAAACUAAGAAGAAAGUAAAAGCUAGAGCUAAGGAAAUGGAACAAGAAAUGAAAUGGGGAAGUAAACCAAAUGGGGAAGUAAACCAACUACGCCACUUUAAUAGAAGUGCAGCUCCAACACCUGUAAUCAGCAGAGUCAGUACCAAGAACAGCAGUGUGUACCCAUCACCUGUAAUCAGCAGAGUCAGUACCAAGAACAGCAGUGUGUACCCAUCACCUGUAAUCAGCAGAGUCAGUACCAAGAACAGCAGUAUGUACACAUCACCUGCCAUAUCAAGAAGAUCUAUGAAAACCAUGUUGCUGAAUUUAUUUAGUGGAUUGAAUCUGAGUAUUCCAGAGUUGAGCAAAAAUAUUAUGAUGAAUGAGAUGGGUAAACUAAGUGGACUUGGAGUAGUUUUAGACCUUCGGUUCUUGGAAAGCUAUUAA